AUGAACAUAUUCCGGUUACUCGGGGACAUGACCCACCUGGCGGCAACGGUUCUACUACCAUACAAGCUGCAUACCUCCCGAAGCGCCGCAGGCAUCAGACUGCAGCGAUGUAUCAUACGUUAG